ACCUAGCACUGACUUUACCCUUCAAUAUAUAUCCCACAUCAUCUUGUUUACCGUUUGAUACAUUGUUGCCAUCAAGGUAAACUCGAGAACAUGGCUGAAAGUGACUGGGAUACAGUGACCGUACUGAGAAAGAAGGGGCCAACUGCCGCACAGUCGAAGUCGAAACAGGCAGUUGCAGCAGCUCAAAGACGAGGAGAAGAGCUUGACACCACUAAGAAAUGGGCUGCAGGACAAAACAAACAGCAUGUCAUCACCAAGAAUACAGCCAAGCUUGACAGAGAGACUGAAGAGCUUCAACACCAAAGAGUGUCUCUUGAGGUGGGCAAGGUCAUCCAACAAGGCCGGCAAAAUCAGGGCAUGACACAAAAAGAUCUGGCCACUAAAAUCAAUGAAAAACCACAGAUAAUUGGAGACUACGAAUCUGGAAAGGCUAUCCCCAAUAACCAAGUCAUGGGAAAGAUUGAAAGAGCAAUUGGACUGAAGUUGCGUGGAAAGGACAUUGGGAAACCCAUGGAGGCAGUCACAAAGAAGAAAUGAAAGCAAAGCCUCGAAACUGCAUAGCCUACAAUACUACCAACACAGCUAACUGCCUUGAGCUAGCACACCGGAACCAGUUUAUUUAACUUGGGUUGCUGCUUUGUUUUCCACAAUGCUGAACCAUGGGUCUCUUUACUGCCCUGAUUCCAGUCAUGAAUGCCAAGCCUGAUUUAAACAUCAGCUGAAUACAUUAGUAGAUUCAAGUAUACAGAUUAUUUGUUUUGGAUCUGGCAUUCAGAAAACUACAGGAAGAUAAAAUGGGUCUGUUUUAAUAUCAACGAUAUUCUAUACUGAGGUUUGUCUCCAUGCAUGUUCAGUGGUCAUUCAUUUUCAACUAGACAUGAAUAAGUUUGGUAUUUCGACUAAAGGGUUUUAUUGUAGGAUAUGCUUUUCAGAUGUAUGCAACAAUGCUGCUUUCAUGGGCUGGUCUCUCCUGAAAAGAUUUUUAUUUAAUCUCAAGGGACCAAAAAUGUACAACGAAAUAAUAAAAUUUGGCAUAUAUGG